GCACACUGCGCUCAGACAACUUGAUACAGAGUAACAGUAAAUCAGACAGAGCAGCUCCUACAGCACCAGCAGUGAAAUUGUAACCCUGUUGCAAGUAUUUUUGGCCGCUGAUAGGACCGAGUGAGAUCACUGCGGUCUCUUUUCUCGGAUAGACUCGAGAGUUGUUCGGCAAGAGCAACGCAGGGACCGUUUUCAGUCUCAUUUCUCCUAUAUCUCAAUAUUAUAUCACACUGGAAAUGUCCGAAAACAAGCCGAAUGAUGAACCGAAGUUAUCUACGACGGACAGGGUGGUGAAAUCUGUCCCGUUCCCCCCCAGUCACCGGCUGACGGCUAAAGAGGUGUUUGACAGCGAUGGGAAGCCCAAAGUGGACGUGCUGAAAGCUCACCUAACCAAGGAAGGCCGCGUGGAGGAAGCGGUGGCCCUGAGGCUCAUAGGAGAGGGCGCCACAAUCUUGCGUGCAGAGAAGAACCUGCUGGACAUCGAGGCCCCUGUGACAGUGUGUGGAGACAUCCAUGGGCAGUUCUUUGACCUGAUGAAGCUGUUUGAAGUCGGAGGAUCACCAGCGUCCACGCGUUACCUUUUCCUGGGGGACUACGUUGACAGAGGGUAUUUCAGUAUUGAAUGUGUGCUGUACUUGUGGGCCUUAAAGAUCCUUUACCCCAAAACACUGUUUUUGCUGCGUGGGAAUCAUGAAUGUAGACAUUUAACAGAGUAUUUCACAUUUAAGCAGGAAUGUAGAAUUAAGUAUUCAGAGAGGAUAUAUGACGCAUGUAUGGACGCCUUCGACUGCCUUCCCCUGGCUGCACUUAUGAACCAGCAGUUCCUGUGUGUACACGGAGGACUGUCUCCAGAAAUCACAAAUCUUGACGACAUCAGGAAACUAGACAGAUUCAAAGAGCCCCCAGCAUACGGACCAAUGUGCGAUCUGCUGUGGUCCGACCCCCUGGAGGACUUUGGGAACGAGAAGAGCCAAGAGCAUUUCACACACAACACAGUGCGAGGCUGUUCCUACUUCUACAGCUACCCUGCAGUCUGUGACUUUCUACAACACAAUAACUUAUUAUCUAUCAUCCGGGCCCAUGAAGCGCAGGAUGCUGGAUAUCGCAUGUACAGAAAGAGUCAGACCACUGGCUUCCCGUCCCUUAUCACCAUCUUCUCUGCACCCAACUACCUAGAUGUCUACAACAACAAAGCGGCGGUGCUGAAGUACGAGAACAACGUGAUGAACAUCCGACAGUUCAACUGCUCACCUCACCCAUACUGGCUGCCCAACUUCAUGGACGUUUUCACCUGGUCCCUGCCCUUCGUCGGGGAGAAGGUGACUGAGAUGCUGGUGAACGUUUUGAGCAUCUGCUCCAAUGAUGAGCUGACGACUGACGAGGAGCUGGACGGACAGCUAAUAUAUCCCCCCAAAAAAGGUGCCACAGCUUCUGCCCGUAAGGAGGUCAUCCGCAACAAGAUCCGGGCCAUCGGCAAGAUGCCAGGGUAUUUUCUGUGCUCAGAGAGGAGAGUGAGAGCGUGCUGACGCUGAAGGGACUGA